CCAUCCCGGCUGAAGCGUGCAUUAGCUUGCGCCGUCCGCAGCCCUCCAGCCUGCGCAAUGUCCGCCACCUACGUCACAGAGCCUGGCGUGGGGGCGCCGCCGGUGUACGCUGCGGCACCGCCGGUGUACUCUCAAGCAGCACCAGUGACGUACGCCUACCAGCCGCAGGCGGCACCAGUGACGUAUACUGCCCCCCCGACCUACGUUCAGGCUGCCGCGCCGCCGACCUACGUGCAAGCCGCGCCGCCGACUUACGUUCAGGCCGCCGCGCCGCCGACCUACGCGCAGCCUCAGCAGGUGACGUACGCGCAGUAUGAGCAGCAGCAGCCUGCUGCCACCUACGCUCAGCCUGCAGUGACGUACGCGGCACCCCCGGAGGCGACGUAUGCCCAGCCGUCCGUCGUGUACACGACACAGCCAGCGGCAGAGGCUACCUACGCUCCCGCGCAGCCAGCUGUGACCUACAUGCAGCCCUCGACGUAUGCACAGCCCAUGACGUACUCGUACGCGCAGCCCUCCUACCCGUAUGCGGCGGAGCAGCAGUACCAGUACCAGCUGCCCACCGCCGCGUCCAUGGUCGCCGCCCCGCAGGCCGGGCUGCAGAGCGCGCCCUCGAUGGUGGCGUACCCAAUGUACACCGGCGCCGGCCAGACCCAGCAGAUGUACAUGCCCGGCUCUGCCUUUCCCAUGACUGCGGGCACGAUGCCAGAGGCCAGCCCGCAGGCCGACCCCUACGCGAGCAGCGCCACUGGGCCGGACCCUGCGCUGGGCACCUCGGCGCCGACGGGCAUGGCCGGGACCGGGACCUCGGCUCCCCCGAAGAAGUCCGCGGUGAGCAGCAAGAAGACGACCGGGAAGAAGACUGCCACCAAGAAGAAGAAGGGCGGCUGCUGCUGA